CAAGACCCGCUGACUGAUACGCGUUAAGUGGUUUGGAGAACGCGUCGGCCGUCGCCCGCACAUCAGAGGCUAGUCAUCCCCUUCUAUUAGUAUUCAGCACGAGAAAACUGCCAGUCUAGUUUUUUUUUUUUUCAGAAUGGCGGUGGAUUACAAGAGAUAUCUCGCUGAGAAUGUUCUCAGUGAGCGACGUACUGUUACAUAUCGCCUGCUGAGUCGGGCUCUCAGAGUGCAUAGCAAUCUGGCUAAGCAGAUGCUGUAUGACUUCCACCGGAGUGAAAAUGCAAAGAAGGCCCAGAGCGUCAAUGCAACCUAUGUGAUCACCGGUGUGCAGAAACCGCCAGAAAAGCCAGCUACCAAUGGCCAUGCCAAAGAUGGGGAAGACGAAGUGAUGCAGAGUAGUCCCUUCAUGAGCUCAAUGCCUCAGCCGGAAGUUGCUGAAGAAGAGAUCCGAACCACAUCUAUGAUCUUGGUCCGGGAAGAGGACCUGGAAGAUGCCAAAAGUACCUUCCAGUCCAUUCACUCAAUCCACAUUUACAGCUUGCAGCCAACGAUCCUGCAGGACCUCAAUGUGCUGACUGAUGUUGGACGCGAAAUCUCGUCUACUUAUGCUAAUGAAGAUCCUUUGGAGCUUGGACAGCUAUGGGGGAUGAUCCAGAAUGAAAAUGUGAAGCGGAGAAAGGGUGUUCGACCACCGCCUGCUCCAGCAAAAGCUGCUGCACCAAAGCCUAUCCCUGCUACAACACCGUCUCUCAAGAAGGAAGAGCCUCCGCAGAAAACGAAAGACGAGCGAGCAGAAAGGGCGGAACCAAAGCCACCAGCAAAACGAAGCACGGAAUCAAAACCGUCGGAGAAGCCGACAUCACUGAAACGCGAGCGAUCUGAUAUUUUUUCAUCUUUUGCAAAGGCUAAACCGAAGCAGAAAAAGGAACAAUCGUCUACAGCUGCAGCUUCUGGGGCGGAAUCUGCUGAGCCGAGCGGAGAAGACGUUGUUUUCGACGAUGCCUCGGAGGAGGAGCGUGAAGACCUUUUCCUGGACUCGGGUAAACGCACGACGACGCAGUCUCGUGAGUCUAGGAAGGAACGAGAGGAGAGGCUGAAGAAGAUGAUGGAAGAAGAAGAUGAGGAUAUGCCGGAUGCGCCGCAGCAGGAAGAGCAGACAGAACCAGAACCAGAAGAGCCGCAGCCUGAGGAGACUUCCAAGCCAGAGGAGCCAGCAGAGCCAAAGGAAGAAGUCGUCGUGCAGGGCGGUCGCCGCCGAGGCAAGCGGAAAGUGAUGAAGAAGAAGACCAUCAAGGACGAGGAGGGGUAUCUUGGUAUGUGCUUUCUCCUCUCUGGCAGACUAACUAAGCUAACAGAUCACUCUUUAGUGACUGUGGAAGAACCGGUCUGGGAGGAAUUCUCCGAAGACGAGCCAGCUCCACCACCUAAAAAGAAGCCAGCUAUCAGCGCAGGGCCUAAGAGUAAAGGCGGUCCAAAGGCAGGCCAGGGUAGUAUCAUGUCGUUCUUUUCGAAGAAGUAACUAGCAACGGUGCUGUACUAUGUGUCAGUGCGUAAAGUUCCAGUUACCGUGUGACCUUAUAGACUACUCUAGACUUAGUGAUGAAGGCAAGAAUUUA